UAGAUGACUUUGGAGGAUAAAUAAAAGAGUGACAGAAAUAUAACACUGCUGACAAUUUUAGGAUAGCCAUCAAGAAAAGGAAGUUAUAUUCCUAGCGUUUGCUUUCAUUUGGAAUUGAGAGAAAAUCAGUUGCUCAAAGGAUGGCUUGCCUGCACGAUCACGAUUGCGCCGACCAUAACUGUUCCUCUGAUUGGUCUCUCUUCAAGCAUAUCGACCUUCCAAAGGUGUCUGCUUUGAAUGAGGCUGUCACGGGAAGUGUCAAAUCAGUUUUUAAACCAUGGGAGCAGCGUUUGAAUUCUUCAGAGGGCCACUUGGAAAGCAAUGAAGGUGAUCCAGAACUGAUUGUUUUCAUUCCGUUCACAGCUGAUGUUAAAAUCAAGAGCAUAGCUAUUGUUGGUGGUGCUGAUGGAACAAGUCCAUCUAAGAUGAGGGCAUUCGUCAAUCGAGAUGGCAUUGAUUUUUCAGAUGCUCAAUCUAUGCAAGCGAUUCAGGAAUGGGAUUUAGCUGAGAAUUUGCAAGGAGUUUUAGAGUACCAGACGAGGUAUUCUAGGUUUCAAAGUGUGGGAAAUAUCACUUUGCAUUUCCCUGAUAAUUUUGGUGCUGAUACAACACGAAUACAGUAUAUUGGCUUGAAAGGAGAAGCCACACAGAUGAAGAGGGACGUUGUUGCAAAUAUUGUUUAUGAGAUUAUGCCUAACCCCUCUGAUCACAAGACUCAGGCUGAGACUGGCGGAGGCUUUUCACAUGUGGAAUAAGCUUGUGGUAAAAGCAACUCUUAUGAGUAAAGUGCUUUCUCUAUGAUGUACACUGCGGUGGAGCUUAUAUAUACUCAAAAAAUACCCAGGAAUUAUUAGACAAUUUACUGAAAGUUUCAUUAACUUCCCCAGACCCCUUUCCCCCACCCCCACCCCCCACCCCGCCCAGCCCCACUCAGAUAUACCGAGAAAUUACUAGAUGAUAAUUUACUGAAAGCUUAAUUAACCUCCCCAGUUGCCUCUCUCUCUCUCUAUAUAUAUAUAUGUGUGUGUGUGUGUGUGUGUGUGUGUUUUCUUCUCCCUCCCCGCUGCAGUUUCUCCUAUGUUUUUCUAUCAUUAAUUGAUUUUGCCAUAUUUUUGUAUCAAAUAAGAAUGUGUAUUCUUGGUGCAUACCCUUUGAUUUGUUUUGGAGCAUUA